GUUGAUCUGGGUGAGGAAAUGUCAAUAUUAGGUGGCGUCCGUUCGGUGUUUUCUGUUUUCGUGAGAUACUUACUUUUUUCACUCAUUUAUUAAUGUUAAAUUACUCUAGUUAGCGGUGAAUUUCAUCUCGGCAGACCGCAGCAUUGAUUACUUUUUACAUUCAUCUCAUUUCUCAACGCUUUUAAGCCGGAGUUCUAGUUUUUUUCACGCAACGCAGGGGGUUGUUCCUGGCUUUCUGCACGGUUUUCUGUCGCGUCUUUCGAUUCACGCAUCCGAAUUGCAUUAUUCUGAACAUUUUUGUCAUUAAUUUGAGUCUCAUUUGCUCCUAUAUUCGAGUUAUCAGUUUUCCGCGUCCUAUUUUUAUGAUCGAAUACCAAUGACAAGUGUUUUUAAUUUUAUUUAACUUAAGUACACUAGUACUCUCCCUCCGAUUUUUCACUGAUAAAAGGCGUUACUCGCGUGUAAUCUUACCGGGUAAUAUCAUUACGAAUGUAUUGACCUUUGACAGAUGUUCAAAGUAUCUCUUUAGCAACGUAAGACAUUGAUUUUACUCUAAACCGAUCACAGUUUCAAAGCAUCCUGACAUAACUGUACAUCUGCGCCCAUUCCUGAAAUCAUAGUUGGAAAGUUAUUUCAUUCUUACGAAUUUUUCGUCACUUGUCAGAAGCUGUCAUUUGUAGGCAGCUUAUUGGCAGCACAUUUUCUCUACCAGCCGUUCAAAUAAACAGGGACUGUGGCGUUUGAACAGCGGGAACCUUUAAUCAAAGUUUCCAUCGUGUCGAGCACAAAGGACUCAGAGGCCACUGCUUGGCGGCGGCCUCCCAACGGUCUCAACCAUACAAUGAGCGAUCAUGAGGUUGACGACGUUACCUUCCUCACUGAAACGCGUUAUUACCGGGAAAACAGGCAUGGUAUGCACAAGAGAGAGAUGUACGGCGAAGAUCGGCUGGCGGUUUGUUCGCAGCAGAGGGCCCUCAUCAUUACAUCAUGCACUCUUAUUAUGCUGUUCGUUGUAGCCCUUAUAAUUGCUUAUGUAGGGCCUCAAAAUGACUGCCCUUGCAUUGGUCAACGACCGUUGUUCCUGGAUGAUGAUGACAACCUUAAUGCAACAAGAUCUGUGAUUCCUAUUGCCACUACUGGAGAAAUAUUCCCAUGGAACAAUCUUCGUCUUCCAACUUUCGCUCGUCCACAACGAUAUCACAUAAACAUCCAUCCGAAUUUAACCACUCUAGACGUCAAAGGUCAGGUUUCAAUUGAUUUUCAAGUAGAGCGGGACACUAAUUUCAUUGUCUUCCAUAGUAAAAAUCUCACAAUUUCAGAAAAAUUUGUCAUGGACAAAAAAAAUCACCAUUACAAAGUUCCUAUUCUGAGGUUUUUGGAGUAUACCUCAGGCCAGCAAAUUUACAUAGAGUUCAAGGAAAAAUUACGAAGACGCACAAAUUAUACAUUGAUGAUCCGGUACACCACUCGACUGAGUAGGGAAUUGGAUGGCUUUUAUUUAAGCAGUUACAAUACAAGCACUGGAGAAAAAAGGUAUCUUGCUACCACGCACUUCGAGCCAACAUACGCACGAUCAGCGUUUCCUUGUUUUGACGAACCUCAGUUCAAAGCUCGUUUCAAAAUGUCAAUAUUCCGAGACCGCUUCCAUAUUUCUCUAUUCAACAUGCCCAUCGUCAACACGGAAGAUGCUGGUUUUUACAUGGGCACAGGAUUGCUCAAAGAUGAUUUUCAAGAAUCUGUUGAAAUGAGCACAUAUCUCGUCGCAUUUGUAGUUUGUGACUAUGAUCAUAUCACAGAAAGGACCAAGAAGAACGUCUCAGUAUCCGUUUACGCACCUCCAGAUUUAAUUCCGCAAGCUAAAUUUGCCUUAAACAUUGCGAAAUCAAUGAUGGACCACUACGAAGAAUUCUUUGGCUUUGCGUACCCACUACCAAAACAAGAUCUAAUUGCCAUUCCUGAUUUUGGAGUUGGUGCAAUGGAAAACUGGGGUUUGAUCACUUCAAGAACAACAUCAAUUUUGUACGAUCCUCAGGAAACGUCAGCCGCCGCACAACAGUAUGUUGCGGUGGUAAUUGCUCAUGAAAUAGCCCAUCAGUGGUUUGGUAAUUUAGUUACAAUGCGGUGGUGGAACGAUCUCUGGCUUAACGAGGGCUUUGCAAGUUACUUGGAGUACUCAGGCGUUGAUCACGUAAUGCCUGAGUGGAGUAUGAUGGAGCAAUUAAUUCUGGAUAAAACACAGCAGGGACUUUACCUGGACGCCUUAUCAACUUCGCAUCCGAUUUCUGUCUCCGUGUACGAUCCUGUCGAGAUUGAGGCCAUUUUCGAUUCCAUUUCUUACAGCAAGGGUGCAGCUGUUUUGUACAUGCUGGAGAAAUUUUUAACUCUGGAUGUUCUUAGGAGUGGACUAAACGAUUAUUUGAACAUUCAUAAGUAUGGCAAUGCGGACACUAAAGAUUUUUGGAGCGUCCUCAGCAAGCAUGCCAAUGAAUCAAUUCAAGUCAAACAACUCAUGGAUUCCUGGACAAGACAAAUGGGUUUCCCCGUGGUCAGGAUAUAUAGAGAGAACACAACUGGCGAGGGAGCUAAUAUCUAUACUGCAGCCCAAAGUCGAUUCCUUCUCACAGCAUGGUUGCAUGGUGAAAACAGCACAAUUCGCCUUGAACCCAGAUCACCGUAUAAUUAUAAGUGGUAUAUUCCACUGAACUAUUACACGGAUCAAACAAGCUAUGUCACCACCGAAACUGUCUGGAUGAAUAUGACAGAUGUAAAAUUUGAAGUGGAUCCUGGAACGCAGUGGGUUAAAGUCAAUGUGAAUCAAUCUUGUUUCUAUCGUGUCAACUACGAAGACGAACUCUGGCAUGCCAUCAUCAAGCAGCUGAAGCAAAAUCAUCAUAUGUUCACUCCUGCAGACAGAGCUAGUCUCAUUGAUGAUAUCUUCACCCUCAGCAGAGGCGGGAUGGUAGAUGCAGCUUUACCGCUAGAGCUGAGUUUAUACUUAAUGAAAGAGCGAGACUAUGUUCCUUGGGCAACAGCUCUUGAACAUUUACAGACAUGGAGCAAAGUUCUUGCAGAAGCAACCCCUUACCGCCUAUUUCUCGACUUGAUGAAAAAGCUCCUAUCUCCUGUAGCUCAGGCAGUUGGUUGGAACGAUAGUGGGAGCCACUUAAAAAAGUUGAUGAGAUCGGAUGUCCUUGCUUCUGCUGUUCUGGUUGGUGUUGAGGAUGUAGUCAAACACGCCCAACUAAUGUUUAAUAACUGGAUGAACAACGGUGAAAAAAUUCCACCUAAUCUUAGAGAAGUUGUUUAUCUUGCUGGUAUUAAAUACGGUGGUGUUAAAGAGUGGAAGUUCUGCUGGAAUAGGUACAAUGCAACUCGCAUUGUGAGUGAGAAAAAGCUGCUACUCAAGGUUCUCGGUGCAGCAUCAGAUUCUUGGCUUUUGCAAAGAUACCUUCUGGCAACACUAAGCCGUGAGAUGAUCAAACCUCAAGAUAUUAAGCUUGUUGUCGGUGUGGUAGCAAGCAACCCUGAAGGAAGAUUUUUAGCCUGGCGUCAUUUGAAGUCACAUUGGAACUCUCUGCAAACCCUCCUAGGAAACGCAACCAUUUCGAUGGGCAGUUUCAUUGCAUCGGUUACCUCUCAUUUUGCGACCUCGUUUGACUAUGAUGAAGUUUACCGAUUCUUCAAAAAUGUGGAUGUAGGUUCAGGUGCGCGAGACUUAGACCAGAGUCUUGAGACAAUUCGCCUGAACACUUUUUGGGUCAAACAUAACGAAGAAAAUAUUCAUCAGUGGUUGAAUAACUAUCUCAGUAAAAACUAAAGUUGAUGAUCAACAGAAUUUCAAUUGCUGAAGAAAAUAUUGUCACCACUCUAGAAAAUGGUUUUCCUCUUCAUACAUGUCUUAGAGAUCGUAUGAAUGCAAGUUUCUUUCAAAAAAAUUGGACGGAACCAAUCUCAGUAGGGAUAGGUAGUAUUUUAUCACGAAAUGACUGUAUGAAAAUUAUCAUUUCAUGAAUAUAGACUGAGUUAGUAAAAAGGACUUAAGGCAAGAACUGACAUUUUAAGAAGAAAAUUUGAGCUUUAUUUUUGUGAUUUUGGCAACAAUGUUGCCCGUUUAAGUACUCAAAUUAUAGAGAGACCUCUGCAAAAGCCCCAAGUGUUUUUUUGCUUAUUGUCUCAAAAAAUUUAUGGAAGUAUGCCUUAAAUGUUACCAUCUUUCAAAAGGCUUACAAGUAUGCUGCUUACAAUUUUUUUGCAAAUACACUGCAAAAAUGUAUUCAAAUGUGGACUCUGAUCAUUGGUAUCAGAACUGAAAGUAAAAAAUUUCUCACCCCUGAUGGAAUAAUGAAGUCAUAAGUUUUGUAAGUCCAUUAAUUUAUUCUAGUCCAUUUUAUUUAUCUAUCUGUUAUUUAUUUACUCACUUACUCAUUCUGUUAUGUAUAAUUUUCUUUUCUUUUCCUUUCAUUCCUGUGUAAAUUUCCAUUCAAUAAUGAGUUUCCCUAACCAUUGGCUAAAAGAUCCCCUAAUGGAAUUAAUCGCACAAUAGGCCUUUAAUUUCUCAUCUUUAACAUAUUGAGAAAAAAAGAGAGUUUAGUCUCUCACAAAAAAUCUCAAAUUUCAUCACACCUGUAGCUCAAAGAGGCCUUCAGUGGUUUUAGGUUACAUAAUUUCUUCGUUUUGUUUUCUGGAUAAACUUUGUUUUGUUGAUGUUUCAAAUUUAAGUCACUUUUCUGUUGUCUCAGUUAUUUUUUAAAUUCUAAAAAUCUACGAUUUUCUCUUAAUUUUCCUCGGAUAAAAUUCAAACUUUAUAAUGUACAUUUUAUUUUGAGAAAGGGUUUUAAAUAUUUUCAAUCAAUUUAAAUUCGGAUCUAGUCUCUAAAUUAGUUUUGCUUGCAGUUUAGUUUUGUUACCUACUGUCAUGUUUAAUUCAGCAAAAUCAAUUUUAGAAAUUGUAAAAUUUCGAUGAAUUACAAUCUUUUGAUCUCCACGACAGUUGAUGCUCUGAAGUAAAAAUUUUGCCAGUUGAUUUUGGACAAUAUUUUUUGACAAGAUUUUGGACACAAAUUAUCUCACUAAACCCCUAGUGUGUAUAAUGAUACAGAGGCUGAAACUUGUAUUGAGCUUUAGUGUGAAUUUAGUUUUUUUUCCUUAUGGUUGAUUCUGACUCUAGUCAAAUUGUAGGAAUCGUUCAAUCUGUUUUUGACCUAUUGCGAUCACACUUGAUAGAAAUCCGAAAAUAUCCUUAGAUCGUAUUAAAAUAUAUUAGUAACAGAGUGUGAAUAUUAUUUUUUUACUGUGAAUAUAUUUUUAAUAAAUUUAUGUGCGUUUUCAAGGCAUGCUCAUAGAGCAAAUUAAUUUUUCUCCUCUGAGUAAAAUUAUUUAAUGGAACCAGCUUUUUCCAUACUAACAGCCUACCUAUCAGCUCCAGGUACUUUAAUUGUAGCAUGGUUUUAUUUUCAUUCAACUGGUUGUAGAUUUUGAAUCCAAGUUAGGUGAAUCCACAAUCCACAUCUAUGUUUAAAAUCGCCAUUUCUUGAAUUAGUUUUUUAACUCAGUGUGUUUUAAUAUUGUCAUAUCAUUUCUUUAUCGUAUUCACUCCGCUUUCUAGUCUAAUGUUUUAACAUUCUUUUUGUAUGUAUUUUUAUUUUUUCAUUUUGUUAUUCAUCCUGUAACCAACAAGUAUUUACAAGGUAAUUCAGUUUAAAACUGGCAAAUUAUUUGUUUCUAUCAUUUGUUUUUGUUUUGGACUAACCAAAAGUUUAUUUGUAAAGGCAAUGUUAGUAGACAGAUGAAUUUGUAUGGUUCUUUAGUCUUUCAAAGUUUGAUUUUUAGAAUUUAUGGACCACUUUAAAGAUCACUUUAAAGAAACUAAGUGGUUGGUAUGAUGAUUAUGAUGCACUUGUAGUCGUUAAGUUCUCUUGUGAACUUUCUCAACAUAUUUAAAUCAUAUUCAUCUCACAGGGUAAGAAUAAACCAGUAAUACAAUUUUCUAACUUUACUAGUACACCUGAUUUUACGAUGUCAUUCUGAAAUUGAUCCAAACAUGUCAACUGGACAAACAAUGUCCUAUACAAUUGAACUGUUGGUUAGCAAAGAAACUUAAUCUUACCAAAUGUUUUGCAAGAAACUGUCGUCCUGUUUUUCGCCAACAGAUCUUGCAUUUUGUCUUGUCAUUUUUGUACUUAGUAACACAAUUUUAUUGUUUAUUUGUUCUUUUGAUCUAACUGAUUUAAUAAAAUUUAAAUACGUACCUUGAAA